UGCACUGCCUUCAUGCUUUUUGUUUUUUCCCCCCUCAGCCAAAAAGAGAAGACUUGAGGAGCCCGGCUUGAGCUGAGCGACACUUCUCCAGGCUGACUCCUCCUGGAAAGCGCAAAAAGCCACAGUCUGUUUGGAAACAGACGCUAAAAGAGAAAUGUGAAGAUCCCGUUUGUUUGCUGGCAUUCUCGGAGAAGUAAAGCGCUAACCUGGAAAGAUGGCGUGGAUACGGGCUUGUUUGCUGUUCUUCGCCUUUGCUUUGCUGGGAUUUUUCCUGCUCUGUGUCCCGGUGAAAGGGGAGCCGCGGGGAGAGCAACAGGAGGAAGAGGAGGAGACCAUGUCCUGUCAGGGCGCGUUUGACCUCUACUUUGUUCUGGACAAAUCUGGCAGCGUGAAGCAUCACUGGCAUGAGAUCUACUCCUUUGUGAAGCAGCUGGCGGAGAAGUUUAUCAGCCCCAUGCUCAGGAUGUCUUUCAUCGUUUUCUCUACACACGGAAAAAUCAUCAUGAAGCUGACUGAAAACAGGGACGCCAUAACUGAAGGCUUAAGGGCUCUGAAUGAAGUUGUUCCUGGAGGAGACACAUUUAUGAACCUAGGCCUGCAGAUGGCUAAUACACAGAUUUACCAAGAGAACCAAGGAACCGCCAGUGUUAUCAUCGCUCUGACAGAUGGAGAACUUAAGGAAAGCCAGUUGGACUUGGCCCAGCGAGAGGCACAGAGAGCCAGGUCUUUGGGAGCCAUCGUUUAUUGUGUAGGAGUCAAAGACUUCAACCAGACCCAGCUUGCAACUAUUGCAGAUACCACGGAGCAUGUGUUUCCAGUAACGGGGGGCUUCCAAGCCCUCAGAGGAAUCAUUAACUCGAUCAUUAAGAAGUCUUGCAUUGAGAUUCUGGCAGCGGAGCCAUCCAGCGUGUGCGCAGGAGAGAGAUUCCAAGUAGUCGUUAGAGGUAAUGGGUUUCUCCACGCAAGAAACAUAAAUCAAGUCCUCUGCAGCUUCAAACUCAAUGAUACACACACUGUGGAUGAAAGACCUGCUGGAAUAGAAGAUACGUUCCUUCUGUGUCCGGCACCUGUCAUAGAAGAAGUGGGGAGGGAGAUCUACCUGCAGGUGAGCAUGAAUGAGGGCCUCUCUUAUAUCACCAGCUCUGUUCACAUCACUACUACUGAAUGCUUUGACGGCACCAUCGUGCUGAUUUCACUGCUCGUUGUGUUCCUGCUUUUGGCUCUGCUGCUGAUGUGGUGGUUCUGGCCUCUCUGCUGCACUGUGGUGAUUAAAGAACCUCCGCCUCCUCCACCUCCAGAGCCAGAAUCCGAUGAGGACGAUGGGAUGCCUAAGAAGAGGUGGCCCACAGUGGACGCCUCAUACUACGGUGGAAGAGGAGUGGGUGGCAUCAAACGUAUGGAGGUACGAUGGGGAGAGAAAGGGUCGACCGAGGAAGGCGCCAAACUAGACAAACCUAAGAAUGCGAUUGUCAAGAUGCCUGAGCAGGAAUUUGAACCUUAUGAGCCCAAGCCUCGAAAACCUCCACGCCGCUCCCCUCAGCAGAAGAAGUGGUACUCACCCAUUAAGGGGAAACUAGAUGCUCUGUGGGCUUUGUUCAGGAGAGGUUACGAUCAGGUAUCUCUAAUGAGACCGCAGCCUGGAGACCAGGGUCGCUGCAUUAGUUUUCAACGGGUCAGAGACGAUGAGCGCCCGGCUCCUCCCAGAAUGCCUCACUCCCCCACUCCGCCCCCUCCUGCACCGCCAGCUGAGGAGCGACCUUUGGUCUCCAACUCCGUCCCCCGUACCAAGCCGCCAUCUAGAGGACCCCGCACUGCUCCCUCCACGCUCACUGCACCUCCCUGCCGUUCGCCCCCUCCCGUGACACGACUCCCACCAGGGCCGCCCCCAAGCCGUGCACCCCCGGGGCCUCUCGGACCCCCACCGUCCCGGCCUCCGCCAAGGCUGUAAUGAUGUAGAGAAUGGAUGCAAAUACAGUGUGUUGCAAAAGUAUUCCUAACCCUCGAACUUCUUGAUUUUUAUUAUUUUUUCUUUGGAUUUUUUUUGCCAGGCUGACAAAAUGUAAAGUAAACUUUUGAGGCUCGAAAAAAGAAAAUGACCCCCCAACCUGAGACUUUUACAAAAAGAAAUUUACAUAAAAGAAAAAAUUUACAUAAAGAAAUCUUAAAGGAACAGCGUUCAGCAUGGGGGUGAGUAGAAAAUGAAGGCUAAUCAUGUUUUGGGUGUACUAUUCCUUUAAAGGUUUGAAUCCAUUAUUAUUGAGCCUCUGUCCAUUAUUUUUGGCUGCUUGUCUUUGUAGGCAAGUCUAUAGUAGCUGUCUACUUAUAGAAUCUAAAGCGGUUGCUUAGUCAUAGGCCUAAUCCUAAACCAGCCGCUAAACACUAACCCUCCGCUUGCACGUUACAGGGAAGGAUCCGCCUCAUGAAGUGCCAUCUUAAACCAUGUAGUGGGUAGGGCCAAUGGACCGCUCAGCCCUUAAAAAGAGUCUUCAUCAGUUGCAGGCCUGCAGGAAUUCGGCAGCACGAGUAACAGCGGCAUGGUGGGGGAGGAAAAAAAUAAAUAAAAAAAUCAAUUCCAAAAUGGAAGGUCUUUUUUGAAAAAGUAAUAUUUGACCUUAUACAUUUGUUUUAAAAAAGGGACAAAUUUUAACUUUUACGUUAACCUGUACAACCGAACUAGCCACGCAUAUGAGGCGUCGCUGUGUUGCCAUAGGAAUGACUGCUUUCCUUUUCCGUUGGGAGGGAAAAAGACGUCCCCUUCUCCUUUAUUCCCCCCCACCUUCAGUCAAGGCAGCUUCCACAGCUGCGAGUGAGACUUCAUUGGGAGUUAAACUCUAUUAAGGGUUAGUGGUUAGGAGGUGAUUUGGGAUUCAAUAAACCUGGACAUCUGCUGACAUUGAUUUUUCCUCCUGAAAGGUGAACCUCAGUCUAACUUUGCUACCACCAUGUUUUACAGUGGAGAUGAUGGGCUGAAGGUGUUCCUCAACCGCCCUCUUAAAUCUGUUGCCGUCUUUUAGCACUGCCCAAUUUUAAGCCCAGUUAAUGAGUCUUAGUUUGCCUUUGCAAUAAGGUUCACAUAAGCUCUAUUUCAGUUAAGAGUUAGACGGAGAACUUUUCUCCGUUUGUUUGCAUCCCGCUAUUGGUAAGAUGUUAGCAGGACUUGUCAUGGGAUUGUUUUGGCCCUAUGGUUAGAGGCGUUCACAAGUUUUAUAAUUAUUUUAUAACCCUACCAUGCUCUAAAUUUCCCCCUGUUCUCUCACUUCAGAGAACAAAAAGAAAAACAUUGGGACAACUUUACACUGCAAUUAAUCAGUAUGAGAUCAAAGAGGGCUGAACACACUCAAAACAUUAGAUUUACAAUUUCACAGUUGUGCAAUACUUAGAAAAUGCAAAUAAAGUGCAAUCGAGUGUGUCAUAACGUCAUGAAUCUUUCCAAGUUGAAAGGUCUCUCAUACUUUUGCAAGUCUGUAUCACAUCUGAGGGAACGGUCUUUGAUAAGCAAAGAAUCUUCCAGGCCAGAAGCACAGACGUUUCUGAGCUCAGUGUCUUGUUGCUGGACAGCAAAAUUCAUCAAUCUGAUGACAAAACCUUAAAAAAUACCAACAAUGGAUCGAUCUGGACCGUUUGUACAGUAAUAACAUUAGAGUUGGUGAGUGGAAGUGUUACCAAACCUUAGUUAUGUUGAAAGUGAGAGUUAAAGUUGGCAUCUGAAAGUAGCAGGGUGUUUUUUUUUUCUUUUUUUUAGAUUUAUGCAGCACAAUUAUAAUG